AUGGCGGCGGCCGUCGACAGUGUUGUGAAAGUGCUGGGAGAGCAGUAUUACAGAGAUGCCAUGGAGCAGUGUCAUAGUUACAACGCUCGGUUGUGUGCUGAGCGCAGCAUCCUCAUGCCUUUCCUGGACUCUCAGACUGGGGUGGCCCAGUCCAACUGUUACAUCUGGAUGGAGAAGAGACACCGGAGUGCAGGUGUAGCUCCGGGGCAGCUGUACAGCUACCCAGCCCGUCGCUGGAGGAAGAAGCGCCGCUCUCACCCCCCUGAGGACCCCCGUCUGGCCUUCCCCCCUCUCAAAGCAGCAGAUGUGGAGCUGGGUCUGAAGCGUGAGGCGCUGGGGCCGGUGGACGGCAGCAGUCUGGAGGCCCUUCUGAAGGGGGAGCCCGUGGAUAGGAGGAGCGCUGUGUUAGACGUCCGCGCCCCUGAGGAUGACUCGGCACCUGUGGAGCCCCCUGCCACCUCGGCCACCACUCACACGUCCUCUGGGCGCAUCCGCAAGCGAGUCCUUGACCAUGACGACUACUUGGACGACCUUGAUGAUGAUGACUUUGAGGACGAGACCCCCAAGAGACGAGGCAAGAGCAAGUCCAAGGGUCGCAGUGACAAGAAUGGGAAGAAAAAACAGGAAGCUGCUGCUGCGGCGCUGGAGGAAAGGGACAAACCGUACGCCUGCGACAUUUGUGGGAAGCGCUACAAGAACCGUCCUGGCCUGAGCUACCACUAUACACACUCUCACCUGGCAGAGGAGGAGGGCGAGGACCGCGAGGAGAUCGAGGCACCACCCACUCCUCGUCAGCCUGAGGCACCGAAGACGCCUAAAAAGGGUCCCAACGGGCUGGCUCUGCCCAACGACUACUGUGACUUCUGUCUGGGAGACUCCACUAUGAACCAGAAGACCGGCCAAUCAGAGGGGCUGGUGUCCUGCUCAGACUGUGGACGCUCAGGCCACCCCACAUGCCUGCAGUUCACCCCCGUGAUGAUGGCUGCAGUGAAGACCUACCGCUGGCAGUGCAUCGAGUGCAAGUGCUGCAACGUCUGCGGCACCUCGGAGAACGACGACCAGCUGCUGUUCUGUGAUGACUGUGACCGAGGUUACCACAUGUACUGUCUAAGCCCCCCCAUGACUGAACCACCAGAGGGGAGCUGGAGCUGCCACCUGUGCCUGGUUCUGCUGAAGGACAAAGCCUCCAUAUACCAGCAGAACCAGGGCUCCGGCCCAGAGUGACAUCAUAUCAACAAGCCCCACCCCCGAUGGAAACGUCAGACCUCCUCUCAGUCCGGAGCUCCGGGAAAUGUCCAGAUGUAGCUGAGCAGAUCGCAGAUCAGCUUUAGAAGUCUUAAUAUCUUCAGUGGGGGGAUCAAACUAUAACUACCAGUCUGCCUGCAGAGCCCAAGGCUCCCGUCAAACACAUAUUGUGCGUAUAAAUACAAUAUAGACACACACACUCUCUCCUGGACUGUUACACACACUAGAUACAGAGACAGAAGGCAUGCAGUAACCAUAGUAACUGCUGUCUCCAUGGAAGCUCCCAGGAGCAAACGGAUUAGCAUCACAGCUAAUUAUCUGCACCCUCUCACGCUCAAAGACACAGAGCUGACUGUCGAGAUAACACCGUUUCUUUUUCUGCCAAAUUAUCUAUUUUUUACUCCCUUAAUGUGGGAGAAAGAAUAAAAACACCACAUAUACAGAUGAGGAACAUAAUUAUUAUUACUAUUGUUAUUGUUCUGGUUACUAGUGGACUUUUGUAGUGGCAUUUGUCUGUGUACUUUUGUCUGAUCCAUCAAUCUUUUUAAGAGGUUUCCCUGAGGGGAGCCGGUCAGUGCCAAGGUCCACCCUCACAUGAAACACACGACAAAGACACACGGAGCUUAUCAUAAUCACUUUAACCAUCUUUGUUUCAUUUUGAAUCGGUGGGACAAAGAUGGUAACAAAAAGUCUUAAUUUCUUUGCCAACAAAAACCUUUGGCUUUGACUCGUUAAGCUGUUAGCACAACUCUUUGGCCUUGCUAUAUCAGGGUUGCACCGAAACCACCCUCUCAUCUCUGAUGCUGUUACUGGAUUGAUCAGUUACUUCAACCAAACACUAUACGACAUACUGUAAGUUGAAUAUUUCGUAAAAUACCGGUCUUCAAUUUAGUUUCGAGCUAACAUUCUCUUAUUUUGAAAAACCUGACCGUCAGCUGAUGCUGUUUUUAUGGGGGGGAAACUGACCAAUACAUGAGAUUUGUAAUCAUCAGGUGCAUCCUUUUCUAUCACUUGUUUUGUGCUUUACAAAACAGUUUGGCAGUGACAUCACAUGUCAUUUUUAAACAGCUGCUGUCAAACCCAUGACACACAUAAUCAUUUACAAACUGUAGCUGCUUUUAUCGUUUGUCACACAGGCAGAUUUGCAUGCAUAUUGCACCUGUAUGAAUGCACACACUCACACCACAAGUGUUUUCUUUUUCGUUGUAUGUUUUUUUUUUUUACAUUUUAUAUUACCUGAUAUUCCAUUGGUACUGGGAGUUUUUCUAGUAGAAUUUUGUAAAGUCUAUGGUAUAGCAAACACUUCAAGUAUAUAGCUCCUAUUGCAUUCUAUGUACUGUAUUGACUUUUUCUAUUUUUGUUAUGACUGUGACAUGUUUGAAUUUAUUUGAUUAUUCUGAUAUGUCAGACCUCCAUUUUGAGUAUUUGUAAAAUGAUGUACUUUGUUGUACUAUUUUUAUUUUUUCAUUUCUUUGGUAUCAAAGCCGAUUUAGCCUGACUGAAAUAAAAAUCACUUUGAAUAACG